CACCAACCUUCCCCGGAAGUUUCGGUCCGCUGACAACAGAUGAAAUACAGGAGGUAAAAAUGACUUAUCUCUUUUCGGUGGAGGUUCACGCCUCGCUGCUCUACAAAUCUGAUUUCAUGUACUGACUUAUAAACGCACAGGAGGAAAAAUGUGUCUGUACAUCCUUGGACUGGUGGCUGUUUGGUUCGUCUAUCGCUGGUACAGAGAAACCAAAAGAGUCUCCAACAAGGAGGACAAAUAUGUGUACAUCACUGGUUGUGACUCCGGGUUUGGUAAUCUCCUGGCGAGACGCCUGGACAAGCUGGGCUUCCGUGUGAUUGCAGGCUGUUACACCGGGAAGGGUGAGGAUGAGCUGAAGAAGGUUUCCUCCAACAGACUGACCACCAUCCACCUGGAUGUCACUGAUUCUGAGAGUGUGAGCAAAGGGGCAGCAUUCAUCAAGACUCUGGUUGGACAGAAGGGCCUCUGGGCUGUCGUGAACAACGCCGGAAUCUCAGUGCCGUCUGGUCCCAACGACUGGCUCACCAUAGACGAUUACAAGCCUAUGAUAGCAGUCAAUCUGCUCGGCGUCAUCGACGUGACCCUCAGUGUCCUCCCCCUCAUCAAGAAGGCCAAAGGCAGGGUGGUAAACAUCGCCAGCGUGUUCGGUCGAAUCAGCCCAUUCGGUGGACCUUACUGUGUCUCCAAGUAUGGAGUGGAGGCCUUCAAUGACAGUCUCCGCAUCAACAUGGCACCAUUUGGAGUCAAGGUGUUAUGCAUUGAGCCCGGCUUCUUCAAAACAAACGUGACUGAUACAAUUAUGGUGAAGAAUAACUUGAUGAAGCUUUGGGGAAAAGCACCUCAGGACGUGAAGGAUGACUAUGGGGAUGGUUUCUUGGACACAAUGCUUGAACAGUUGGACCACAGAUUCAGCCAGCUUGUAGAUGGGGACCUGAUGAAGGUGGUCGGUUGCAUGGAGCACGCCAUCUCUGCCCUUCACCCUCGUAAUCGCUACUCCCCUGGAUGGGAUGCUAAGUUCUUCUGGUUGCCCAUGUCGUACAUGCCAACCUGGAUUUCAGACACAUAUUUUGUCAAAAAUAGCCCCAGACCCAAAAUAUCUGUGCUGUAGUUUCUGUCAGCUCAGCACAAUGAACUUUAUGC